AUGGCUUUUGCGAUCGAAGAAAUCAACCAUAGUUUAGAUCUGCUGCCCAAUGUAACGCUCGGCUACAGUUUGUAUGAUAACUGCGCCACACUUAUUAUUGGAUUCAGCGCAGCCUUUUCGAUGGCCAGUGGGGAGGAGGAAAAGUUUCUCCUCAAAGACAACUGCACAGGCACAAAAUCUGUUCUUGGCAUUGUGGGCGAUUCCUUCUCAACAUUUUCUAUUGCCACGUCAGAUGUCACAGGAUUAUUCAGGUUACCUCUUGUCCGAGCCAUGAUUCAGAUACUGAAGCGUUUUGGAUGGCGUUGGGCAGGACUACUGGUCAGUGAUGACGACUAUGGACUUCAUGUUGCACGGUCGUUUUCCUCAGACUUGGCUCUGGCUGAAGGAGGCUGCCUCGCGUACACAGAAGUCUUACCGUGGGGGAGAAACCAGGCCGAGCUGAGUCGGAUUGUAAACGUUAUGAAGAAAUCCACUGCUCGUGUGGUUAUUGUAUUUGCUCAUCAGAUCCAUAUGAUCCAACUCAUGAAGGAGGUUGUGGUGCAGGAUGUGACUGGUCUGCAGUGGAUUGCAAACUCCAUGGAGUGCAGCGUGUGUCCAGAGGACUUCUGGUCCAGUCCUGCUCGUGACCAGUGUGUUCCUAAGAAAACUGAGUUCCUGUCCUACCACGAGCCUCUGGGCAUCUGUCUGACCACAGCCUCUCUGAUCGGAGUAUUUAUUUGUGCUGUCGUAUUUGGUAUUUUCAUUUAUCACCGCAGCACGCCACUCGUCAGAGCCAAUAAUUCAGAAAUGAGCUUCUUGCUCCUGGUGUCACUCAAACUGUGUUUCUUAUGCUCGCUGCUGUUCAUUGGACGCCCCAGACUGUGGACAUGCCAGCUGAGACAUGCAGCGUUUGGGAUCAGCUUUGUGCUGUGUGUCUCUUGUAUUCUGGUGAAAACCAUGGUGGUGCUGGCUGUGUUCAAGGCCUCCAAACCAGGAGGUGGAGCCACCUUAAAGUGGUUUGGUGCUUUACAGCAGAGAGGAACCGUAUUUGUUCUAACGAAUCUCCCUGAUAAUUUCAAUGAGGCCAAGUUCAUCACUUUCAGCAUGCUGAUCUUCUGUGCUGUGUGGGUGGCUUUUGUCCCAGCUUAUGUCAACUCUCCAGGGUUCCGACAUGCAAUGACCAUGGCUUUUUCUGUUGAAGAGAUAAACAACAACAGUCAGCUUCUCCAGAACGUGACGCUGGGUUACAGUCUGUAUGAUAACUGUGCCACUCUCAGCGUCGGCUUCAGUGCAGCUCUGGCUAUGGCCGCUGCUCAGACAGAGAGCUCUGUGCUGGAGGAAAACUGCACAGGGAUUCCUCCUGUGAUUGGUAUUAUUCAUCAAUUCUGGGAGCACACAUUUGGGUGUAGAUUUACCCCAGCUCCUGCAGAGUGGACAGAAGCUGGAGGAGCUUUGUGCACUGGACAUGAAGAUCUGCAGAGCAUAGACACAGAGUUCCUGGAUGUGUCCAACCUCAGACCAGAGUAUAAUAUUUACAAAGCUGUGUCUGCUUUGGCUCAUGCCCUUGAUGAUCUGCUGCACUGUGAACCAGGGAGAGGGCCUUUCCCUGGGAACAGCUGUGCCACUUUGGACACGCUGGAGCCAGUGCAGCCCCCUCAGUCAGUGUGCAGUGACAGUUGUCCCAGUGGAAGUCGCAUGGCCAGAAAGAAAGGUCAGCCUGCGUGUUGCUUUGACUGUAUCCUCUGCUCUGACGGCACCAUCACCAACACUACAGACUCCAUGGAGUGCAGCGUGUGUCCAGAGGACUUCUGGUCCAGUCCUGCUCGUGACCAGUGUGUUCCUAAGAAAACUGAGCCUACCACGAGCCUCUGGGCAUCUGUCUGA